AUGGGCCCCGCUCUAUCGCGUCUAGCCAACGCGAAGCAGCCUGUACAGAAACCGAAUGAAGAGGAUUUUGGAUUCAAGGAGUUGUUUUCUGGAACCAAUCCUGCUGUAGACAUCAUUGCUAUCCAUGGCUUAGGUGGACAUAGAGAAAGUACAUGGAAGGCAGACGACGGUACUCUGUGGCUACGUGACUUCUUGGGCGAUGACCUACCCAACGUCAGAGUCCUGAGCUAUGGCUACGAUGCCGCUCCUGGCAGUGAUAGACGCGUAGCACACAAUACCAUCCGCGAGCUUGCCGAUCAAUUUGUCAAUGCUCUCGUCAAGGAACGCACGGAUCACCCUCGAGCGCUCGUUAUCUGCCAAACUCAGACCAUGGCAUCAGAUUGGAAACUUCGGAAUAUUCUAGUGUCCACUAAUGGGAUUCUGUUUUUUGGCACGCCACAUUCUGGGGUCGCGAACGAGAUCAUUGACGGCAUCAAACGCGUCGCGUCAGGGUACCGAGAAGCAACCACCGUCAUCCUCAACGAUCUCCGAGCUAACUCGUUCGAGCUCGAGACUGUACAGAAACUAUAUGGUCAAGCGACGAGUGAGAAGAUCAAGACAAUAUUCUUCUACUCAGUAUAUCAAGAAAAGGGUUCAGGGAAAAUGUUUGUUGACUAUCAUGCGGCUAGGGUACCUGGUGACCGCGAUGCAGUAACGGAAGGUCUCUAUGCCUACCAUCGUGAUAUGGUGAGGUUUGGAAUCAGGAACAACAACUAUACAUCGGUUCGCUAUUAUAUCAAAGAAAAUGUUGACAGUGCAUCCGAAAAAGUGGGGGCUAAGUGGGUGACAGAGGACACACUUCGCAGUGCUGUAACUGGAGUGCUCGUCUCUGAAUACACCCCUAGGGAGGGUAUACCCUCCACUUUGGGACCAGUACCCGCGGAUCGGCCUCAGCUCCGUGAAAGCUCAGAUAGCGUUAGGGGAUCCCCCCAGUCGGCUCCACCAAACAUGACUUCUCCUUCAGAAAGCAGCAAAGCGCCAGACCGAAGGGUCACAACAAAAGUAAAUGAUUUCGGAAUCAAGGAAUUGGCCUCUGGAACCAAUCCUAUUUUCGAUAUAGUCGCUAUUCACGGCUUGGAUGGCCACAGAGAGAAAACGUGGAUGACAAAGAACGGUGAACUGUGGCUACGCGACCUUUUACCGCAUGACUUCUCCAACGCCCGCAUCCUUAGCUAUGGUUAUGAUGCCGACACUGGGAGUAAAGAACGUGUAUCAACCCAAAAUAUGCGCCGUCACGCUGAAGGGUUUGCACAAGCUCUUGCCAUGCAUCGCAAGAAUCAACCUGAGCGACCAAUCAUCUUCAUCGCUCAUGAUUUGGGUGGUAUCAUCCUCAAAUGGGCGCUAGUUAUGUGCCAUAGCCAGAGUCUGGACUCCAAAUGUGACCUUCGGAGCAUCCUAGCAUCGACUCACGCCAUCCUGUUCUUUGGAACACCACACUCCGGGCUAGAUAACAAUAUUCUUGACGACAUCAGACACAUGGCAUCAAAAUGCGCGCAUAAAACGGAUGUUCUUCUCAAAGAUCUCAAAGAAAAUUCAAAGCAACUCGAGAAUGUACAGAGACUAUAUCUCGGGAUUAGCGAGAUCAACACAAUCUUCUUCACAGAAGUGUAUGGGGGUAAAAAUGGAAGACUGACAGUCCAACCGCACUCAGCCACGGUCAAGGGCGACCGCAAGGCGAUUGAAAUCGGCCUCCACGCUGACCACCACGACAUGGUGAGGUUUGCAAACAGAGAGGACGUUAACUACAAAACUGUUGUCCAACAUAUCCUGGAAUAUGCUGAGAAUGCAUAUGAGCAAGUGUGGAAAAGAUGGGCUACAGAGGCUUCGAUUCGUAGUGUGUAA